AUGUCGGCAUUCCCAAACCCACCCCAUGAGCCCAAUGCUGCUGAAGUUCUCCGGAAUAUCUUGAGUUUCGGGUUCAGCCUACUAUCCCCCAACGACCAGCAAGACAAGAUUGAACAAAUCUCCAAAAAACUUGCUGCUGGAGUUGCUGAUGUCGAAAGACUUGAAGGGGAAACAGAGGAAGAUUUGAGAAGGAAACAAUUCGCUGAGCUGCUUAAUAAAGCUCCGGUCCAUACACAAGUUGAUUUAUUCAUGGAGUUUACGUACAAAUUCAACGAUGAAAAACGCUUAUGUGAGGCGAUUCUUUUGUUCAGGCAACUGGAUUCCAAUGAGCAACAAAAAACGAUUGAAGAAAUGCUUCGUCAAUUGGUGCCGGAGGAACCCUUUCUGUGCUGUUUUAUAUACAUCCUCAUUCAGAACAAAAAACAAAAAGAAAGGAAACAUUUGAAACUCAAGAGACUCUCCGAGGAAAGCGAGGAGGAUUUUAGGCUCAGAAGAUUCAUAAAGCUGUGUAGUAGAUACAACGGCCUUAUGCUGACCUUCAUAUGGAAUGAACCUAAGAAGUGGGAUCUAGAUGCUCUACUUAUGCAGGCAUCAGGUAACGAAGAGAUAGAAGAAAUCAAACAGUCCCGCUAUGCUGAAUAUUACUUGGGGCUGUCAAUUAUUUGGUUCAAAGCACGAUGGGCCAGUGAUCCAGAAGGCCUCAUUCAUUUAAUUAUUAGUAAAGUUGGAGAAGGUGAUCAUAUCAUUGAGAAACUCGUCAAUGAUACUGAGGAGGAUUUUCGGCUCAGGAGAUUUACGGAGUCGUUUAAACAACUUCAAUUCAGUUCCCUGGAGAAGAUUGUGGAACGUAUUCAAGAUAUCAUAAUUUAUGAUCCAGGUAUUUCUGUAUGGAAACCUUGCGCAGGUCGGAAGACAGAAGAGGAGUUUGCUCUUGAAUUCAUAAAGUUGAAAACUCCAAAUCCAAGAGGAGCAGGAGGAGCAUCAGCCACUCAAGGAGGAGGACAGGGAGCAAUUACACAAGGAGGAGGGCAGGGAGCAAAUACACAAGGAGGCCAGGGGACAAGCCAACAGUAG